AUGGUAAAAUUAUAUAAAGAGAAAUUGUUUUAAAUAAAGAAAGAGCAAAAUAUUGGAUUGCAAUGGGAGCUUAAUUAACACCUAAAGUCUAAAAAUUUUUAUCUUAUUUUGAUUUAGCUGUUCCUCCAUUACCAAAAUAUGGAUAUAAAACAUAAUAUGAAAAAAAGCCUAUAUAACCUAGAAAUACUAUGGGUUUAGAGGUUUAUAGACUUAAAGGAUUUAACAGAAGUCAAAUUUUAGAUGUACGAAAUAUUUUUUUUUUUUUUAAAAAAAAAAAAAAAAAAGUUUAUUGAUUAAGAAGAAGAAAUGAAAUUAAUGAGACAAUUAUAAAUGCAAAAUGAAAUAAUAAAAUAAAUUGCAAAACCUGAUACUAUUUAAUCAUUAUAAUCAAAAGAAAUAAAAGAAGAAUUAAAUUAAAUGUAAAAAGAAUUAGCAAGUUAUAAUGAUUAAAUUAACGAAAUUAAUGCAGGAAGAAGACGUGUUUUGAUAGAAAAAAUUAAUAGAUUGUUUACUUAAAUGAUAAGAGCCGAAAAAAAAUAAAAUUAUGUCUAAUAAAUUAAAGAUGAAAGUUAGAUUUAUAAAGAAAAUGUAGAUGAAAAAGUUUAAUUAAGAAGAGUUUUGGAAAAAAAUAGACUUAUGUAAAAGAUUUAAUAAUAAGAGUUAUCAGUUGAUGAAAAAAUUGAUUAAUUUACACCUAUUUCUAGAAAUGAAUUUAAAGAUUUUUUAGUGGAUAAAGGUUAUUCAGAAGCAAAAGCAGAAAAAGUUUUGAGAGAAUUCUAUUAAAAAGAAGACUAAGCUUUUAAAAUAAAUGCUACAGAAGAAGUUAAUAAAUUUAAUGAAAUUGCAAAUAUUGAAAAUUUAAAUGCUAUACAUAAAUUUAAAUAUAAAAAAAACUAAAAAAUGAUAUUCCCGCUACCAAAUUCAGUAAUGCCUAGACCUAUAUUAGGAACAUAUGAUGGAAAAGACUACUAUGAUAUUCCUUAAAUAUUCGAACCGACAUAAUAAGGAAAUAAAGUUAUUUAAUAACCUAUAUUAUAUUUAUAAUAAAGCUUAUUCACUACCUGGACUAACUGA